AUGGAGAACAUUGUUAAAAACGAAAUUAAUGCCUGGUCAGAAAUCGCUUCCCAGCGACCUUCAGAAGCACGCCCUACAAAUACGAAUGACUUUAUUACUCACUCAAGAUCAGAAUCAAGGAUAAACACACAAUCUCCCAACAAUCUUUCUUCUCUUUCCGCAUCUCUAACAACAAAAUCAAACUCCUCUCAAACUUCGUCAACAGUCAUUUUGCAUCCCUCGGCUAAUACUACCAUCCAUAGACUCCCACGCGAACCUGCGUUUUCUCAUCCUCUCGAUCAUGCCUUAGACGACUUGCACUGCCUAACGACACACAAGUAUUCUCAGUAUUUUUCCAAUAAUUCAGAUUCAUGGGGAAAGGCACCGUUUAGAAGUUUGGGUAUUAUAGGAGGACGAAAGAAAAUGGGAGAGAGUAAAGGUGGAAUAGGAGGCAAAGGAGGGAACGGAUCGUUAACGAGGAGAAGGAGCCUGUCAAACAUUCAUGCUUGGAUUACCGGAAGGGAUGGCGGAGUUAUGGGAAGAGAUACCAGAGAUAAUGUAUCCUGUGGUCAAGAAGAGAAUAACGAUCAAGAGACAAAAGAGGAAAAUACGGAAGCGGUUAUUGUCCAUGUUGUCAAACCAAACGAUACUUUGGCUGGGGUUGCUUUAUUCUAUGGUAUAGAGCUCCAAACUCUGAAACGGGCCAACAAACUCUGGACCUCUGACUCAAUUCACACCCGAAAACAUCUCUACAUUCCACUCGACUCUUGUUCGGCCCUCUCCACUUCAUCAGUCAUAUACAAUGACGACUCUUCGAUUACCAUCCUGAAACCCCGAUUGUCCGUCUCUGAUUUAUCUCGUCCGUCGACAUCGUCCGUUUCAUCUUCGCCUUCGACACCACGUUUGGGUUCAGAAGUCGGCGGAGAAGGAGAACUGAGCGAGUGGUCAUCGUGGAGAAAACACGAAAGAGAGAUUUCAGCACCGGCUUCUACAUGGAUUGAUGAAGGGAGAGAGAUGCCAUAUGGCAACGAGAAUGGAAUGCGCGAUGAUAGUAAGAUGGAUGGUGGGAAUACUUCGCUAAUGACAAGAGCUGAAAUUCAAAUCCUUCCUGCUGCCCAGCUAUCAUAUUUUCCACCUCAUCGGACAUCGAUUGCUGUUCCAUCUCAAACAUUCUCUGAAAAUUCUACACGUCAGGCAAUUAUUUCACCGUCUACAUUUCUACAUUCGCAAUCGACCUUUCUUGGAGUCGACUUGGCCAGCUCGUCUCAGUUCCUACAAGAGCCUUCGCCUCUUCCAGUAGCCCAAAUAUACAAAUAUUCUCCCACAAUAUCUUACCCUCUUCCUACGGCUACAGCGUCAACCCAUUCAUAUGGAUUCAAUAAAGUUCUCGAUCGACUCGAUAUCGUGGACGAGAGAUAUUUUAAACGACGAUUUGGUUCAAUAAAGAACAUUUUUGGGAAAGCAAGACAAAGCGUACAUUUUGAUGGUGAAGCUACGGAAUUAGUGGGUGCAGGGGAGAGAAGGACUUAG